UUUACACUGGUGAAAUCCCCCUAUUGAAUUAUAUUUUUCAGUUAAGUAAACAGACGAUAUGUGGGAGCAAUUGGAAAAGUACCGCAAUCACUUUUUGCAACACGAGAUCAAGGAUGUGCUAAAGCCCAGCUCCAUUAACGACAAACAGAAUGAAGAGUGGGCCAAGUUCAUGGAAAAGAGGGACUUGUGCAAGUGCCCCCCGGUUAGUUGCAUCCCCAGCUCCACCUACCUGGAGGAUAGGGCUCAGUUGGCCUACGGUUGGUUCGCUCUUCCGAAGCUGAUGAAGGAGCUGGACAGCGAUGUGCGUCUCACUCACUGGAGGGCCAUUGUGUCCCUGACGGAGUUUCUGCUCAAUCCACUGAACGCCGAGAGGGCCAUAACCGAAAUGGACAUUGUCCGAAAGCUUAAAAACGCCUUCAUGCGCAUGAGACUGAAGCACCACAAGGAGGAGUACAACGAAUUGGAGAUGUAUCUUAAGAUUUAUAAUAUCCUCUCCCGGAACUUUAAUGGGGCUGAGGACAUAGCCAAUCGAAAGUGCCUCAGAGUUGAGUUUUACAAAAUUAUUCAUCACCAGGAGGCCAAAAAGGACGAAUUGGCCUCGGAGAUAUUGAGAAAUUUAACGGGACAACCAAUGGUUUUGAGUAUUGUCUUGGAGGAUCCCGAAAACUUUAUGGCCUUGGCUGCGAUUUUCAAGAAGGAUCCCUGUCGGCCGCACUAUCCGCACCAUUUGUGGCACCAUCUCUGCCACCUGCUGGAACUGGCACCGGAGCAGGGCAUCGAGUUGGGCUUCUUCGAGCUCAUGCACUCCCGCAUCCUGAAUCGCCUGGCCAACUUUUGGGGUAUGUCCACCAAGGCCUUCGCUCUGCUCCUGCGAUGUGCCGAGGGCCAACGGCGCUUCGAUGCUGUGGAUGGGAUUAAGCUUCUCUUCGAUGUCUUUUGCCAGCCGGACGAGCCUUCCUGGAAGCUGCUGCCCAGCCAGAAGGUGGAGAACUGGGAGUACACAGUCUUGGCUCUGGUCAACGGACUUCACAGCAAGCGGGCCCUUUGGCGGAGUCGGGAGUUCACUCCGCUACCCUGCUAUGUGGGCCGCCUAAUGAUGACGGACAGCAAUCCCCGCCAGCAGUUGUACUGCCUGAAAGCACUGCGAGAGUUGGGAGUGAUGCCCUGCAUCAAGAGGUACAUCAUCGGCAAUUGGCUGGAGGACAUCACCCAGUUGUUCUGCCUCGAUGCGGAGGCGGAGUGCGCCAGGGACUCCCUCCUGGACUGGCUGCGACGAGACAUAGCCGACUCUAGUUAAUUCUACCUCCUAGUUAAAAUGUUUUAUUCAAGGCAGUUGCAUUACCCCUCCACUUAACCGCUUAGAUAAAUCCUAACCGUUUCAAAACUACCCCUCGAGUCCUGUCCCAAAGAGAGGGCUUGGGACACGAAGGUCCUUCGGCGAGAGCAGCAGCUUUUCCGAGCUCCUGUCAGCUGUUUAUUUUGUCAAGCUAAAUAAAGGAAAUUGUAGUAAACAAA